AUGCGCAUACAGUUUUCCAGACAUGAAAGGAACAGGAAGUUUAUGAUAAGAUGGAUUCUUGUUGUUGCUCUCUUCAGUGACAUUUCACAAUCUUGGGAAUCAAAAGAAAUCCCAUUUCCAAGACACAUAGACAGUUAUGAAGAUACUUUGAUAUGGGCUGUGAAAAUUGGAAAUUCUGAUUUCUACAAACAUGGAAAACAAGCCAUUGAAGAAGAUAAAAUAUUGCAGAGAGAAGAUGAUUUUGAACAUUUGUCAUAUUCAGUUGCAAGUGACUUAAGUAUUCAUAACCUUGGAAGGGUUGGAGAGAUACCAAACAUUUUCUUGUUUGGCUAUUACUUGUCUAACAGUUCAAAUGAAUCUCCUCAAACCUUGAAAUUUGUUGACCUUCACAAUCUCCAUAAACAUAUCCUAAAUGAAGAGUCUAUACAGAAGGCUCAGACCAGCCUGGAAAGGGAAUUCGACGGACACGAAAAAGUUGUUUGGUACAGUCGGCAAAAAAUCCUAUCUAGACAGAAAAGGAGAGUCAAGUUUGAAGACCCCUUCUACAAAGAUCAAUGGCAUCUGGUGAAUGAUGUCCACCGAGCAAUGGACAUCAACGUGACAGGUGUUUGGAACAGGAACGUGACUGGGAGAGGUGUCACUGUAGCUGUAGUGGAUGAUGGUUUAGAAUGGACCAAUCCUGACCUACAUGACAACUAUAAUGCAGCAGGAAGCUGGGAUUUGAACUCCGAUGACCCAGAUCCAAUGCCAAACAGUCGACUAGAAUCAAACCACCACGGUACGAGAUGUGCAGGAGAGAUUGCUGCAGUGCGGAACUCUAUCUGUGGAGUAGGGGUGGCCUAUGAUGCCAAAGUGUCAGGAAUAAGAGUUCUGGAUGGACCGAUGACUGACAGUCUGGAGGCUUCUGCGUUUAACAAAAACAUGCAGAUAAAUGAUGUUUAUAGCUGCAGUUGGGGCCCUGAUGAUGAUGGUAAAACGGUGGAUGGACCACAUCUCCUGGCACAGGCUGCUAUGAGGUACGGAAUUAACUACGGCCGUGGCGGUUAUGGAAGUAUAUAUGUCGUUGCUAGUGGUAAUGGAGGGCGCUUUCAAGAUAACUGCAACUAUGAUGGCUAUGCCAAUUCUCUGUACACAGUUACUAUAGGAGCUGUAGACGAGACCGGACAUAUGCCAUUUUACGCGGAGGAAUGUGCCUCGAUGUUGGCUGUCACUUUCAGCAGUGGUAGCUCAUUCUCACAGAGAAGUAUAGUGGAUGUAGAUGUGGCUGAUUGGCAGAAGAAUGGAGCUGGUCUUUAUCACAGUCACAAACAUGGCUUCGGGUUGAUGAAGGCAUGGCGACUUGUCAAUGCAGCAAAGAUAUGGACUAUGGUCUCCUGGUUGACGGCUUACACACAUGAAAGUGGAAAGAUCAAAAUGGAAAUCCCCAAAUCUGUAUCUCGUCCUCUGAAUGUAUUGUAUAAUGUAAAUGAAGAAGAUAUCAGAGGAUUUGACCUCCUGACCUUGGAGCAUGUACAAAUCAUGUUGUCGGUCGACCAUCCAUACCGCGGAUAUCUUGAAAUCCACUUACAAUGUCCCAGUGGUACCAAGUCUGUUAUAGGGGCUCCACGCAAGUUGGACAACUCCACUAAAGGGUUUUCUGGGUGGACAUUUAGUACUGUCAGGUGUUGGGGAGAAAAUCCUGUUGGAACGUGGAAAUUAACAAUCAUAGACACAGAUUCCGGUAACUAUGGUAAAGGAUUUCUGACAGAAUGGAAACUGAAGUUGUACGGAAGUCCCAUGUCACCAGACGAGUUCCAGGACCGUAAGAGAGCGGUACAUAAAGCCAUGAGUGGAGAGUUUCUCAAUGACACUUACAGUCUGCAGUGUGGAGACCCUCCUGUCAAGGCCAGGCCUGAUGCUCCGAUGUCAGAAAAAACACUCAAGAUUCUGGCAUUAGUAUGUGUAUUCUGUCUGGUCAUGGCCAUAUAUGAGAGUUUGGAAUAUGCCAUCUGUUACAAGGAAGAAAAACAGGAGCUCUUGCGACGUAAAAAACUCUGCAAGGAUGCAAACUACAUGGCAAACAGACACCGGGUUGGGGAUCACGAUUCAUCAGAAACAAGAGCCCUUUUACAAGAGGAAGAAGAAAUCCCAUUGGAUAUUAUAUCGUCCAAUCAAAAUAAUUCAUCAACAUCAACUAUUCACAAUAAUUCAAAUCCUAGCCUUGACACAAGCUGGAACAGUUUUUCUGAAAGUGACUUGAACUUACAACGAAUGCCAGACCUUGGUGACGAAGAGGAAGAGAUUGUUUACUCACAACAACACACUGCUUCAAGUAACGUGUGUGAUAAACAACAGAGAAACACACUCAUAUAUGCAAGCAUUACCAAUCAGAGCACUUCCUUAUUAGCCAAUCACAACACAGAAUAAGGUGCAACGAAAAAUGUGAGUGUGGAUAGGUGUGAGUGUGGAAGUUUGUCAGUGAGGGCGUGGAAGUAUAAAAGUGAGGGUUAGUGUGGAUGUAAGUGUGGGUAUGUGAAAGUGUCUGAGUGUAAGUGUGGGUGUGUGUGUGUGGAUGUGUAGAUGUGUGUAAGUGUGGAUGUGUGUGAAUGUGGAUGUGUGUAAGUGUGGAUGUGUGUGUGUGGAUGUGUGAGUGUGGAUGUGUGUGUGUGGAUGUGUAGAUGUGUGUGAGUGUGGAUGUGUGUGAGUGUGUGUGUGAGUGUGGAUGUGUGUGAGUGUGGAUGUGUGUGAGU